AUGGAAAGCUCCAUGACCUACUCUUCGAUUCUCUGCCAGCUCCCGCCGUCAGAAAGCGACCAAGGCUCUCUCCUGCUCUGUAGCCCUCCUUCCCCUUGCCUGCAAGAAACCUGCUCAGCGAUACCAUCCAAGCACGGGAGGACGUGGGACGGCGAGGCUCGCGCGAGACACAGCGAGCGAUGCACUGGGAGGUCGAGGCUGACGCUCUCGGAGAAGACGGACAUCAUCAAGCUCUACUACGAGCCGUCCUCCUCGAGGCCUCCGGUGGACCAGAAGACGCUGGCUCGGAUGUACGGGAAGAGCAAGGCAGCGAUCAGCAAGAUCUUGAAGCCGGAGUACGCGCACCGGGUGCUGUCGAGCUAUGCUAAGGUCGUGGGUGUGAAAGAGAUGAAUUUGAAGUACGCCCAGCUCGUCAAGUGA